AUGCCGCCACGCCGUUUGCGCGCUCCUUCUCCGCUCCAGACGACGUUCAGGACGCCUGGACCUGCCGCACUCCGCGUGCCUUCCACACCGGCCACCCUCAGCUUUUCACAGAAGCGAGAGCCUACCGCUGAAGACCUGCUAGUGGCAGCUACAACCAAGCUGCAAUCCGUUAAAGAAUCCUGGAAAGGACGACGAUCUCGGACCAAUUCUACGAGUCAGGACAAGAACGGUCCUGCAGGGUUUCCGUCACCGCAGGUUAUUCGAGAACUCACGGAGCUUCAGAAGGACCUGACACGGAAGGUCUCCGCUGGCGACGAGUGGUUUGAGGCCUCAUUAGAGCGACUGUGGAGAGAUGUGGGCGCUAGGACGCAGGACGAGAAAUACGACCGGAAGGACGUGGACUGGGUGCAGCUGGGGUUCCAGAAUGCCAGUCCCGAGACGGACUUUAGAGGAGGAGGCGUGCUGGCCGUGAAGUGUCUGCUGUACGCGUUUGAAGCGCAUCCGAUGGAGAUGAGGGCGAUCCAUUACGAGCAGAUGCCAGACGCGCAGGACGGGAAGCACAAGAGAUGGUACCCGGUCUGUGUCGCUGGAAUCAACUUGACGUGCUUGUUGGCGGGGCUCUUGCAACUGGGAGACGGGAGGUUCGCAGACAAGAAGAACGCUUACUGGCCGCUCUUUGAAGAACCUGCCGCAUUCUAUGAGCUCUUCUUCUUGGCUUUUAUCAAGAUGGACGCGAUCUGGCACCGUCUUAAUGCGACGUACAUGGAGUUCGGAGUGGUGCUCAAGGUGACACGAAAGUCGGUGGCGUUUAUGCUGGCGCAGACUCCAACCACUUUGAUGGAUCUGCGUGAAGCCAGUGAGCAAGCCUUUCUAGAUCGCUUUGUCGUUAGUCUCUCGGCCCGCUCGCUCGCUGACUGGGAAGGCGGAGAGUGUCCGGAUCCCAACCACGCCCUGGAGACGGAGGACGCUCUCGUGAUAGCCAAGACGCGGGCGGUACCAAAAGCGACGUCCACCAAAGGCAACGCGUUCUGGCCCCUGCACUAA